CGCCGCCAGCAUGCGCGGGGGCCGGGGCCGGGAGCGCCGGGCGCAGCGGGGCCGCCGCCGCUGCCGGGCCUGGAGCGAAGCUGGGGUGAGCGUCGGGGUGCAGUUUUGCUGGCAAGCCAUGGGGCAAGAGUGGAGAUUUUGAUGCCUCUCUCGGGAGUCCCCAGAGCCAUGACUGCAACUGUGCAGACACUGCGGUUCAAGCUGCUGCCACAUGAGCCGGGCCAGGAGUGGGGGCACAGCUGUCAGCAGGAAAUUGAGCGUCGAUACCAAGUGGUGCCCUCUGUAGUGUGUGCCAUGUGCUGUCUCUUCGGCAUCAUCUACUGCUUCUUUGGCUACCGCUGCUUCAAGGCUGUCAUGUUCCUGACGGGGCUGAUGUUCGGCUCCAUCAUCAUCUUCAUGCUGUGCUAUAAGGAGCGAGUACUGGACACACAGCUGAGCGUGGAGGCCUCAGUGGGCAUUGGGCUGGGCAUCGGAGUCCUCUGUGGGCUGGUCACCAUGCUGGUGCGCAGUGUUGGCCUCUUCAUGGUGGGGCUGCUCCUAGGGCUGCUGCUGGCAGUGGCCACGCUGGUGGUGAUGGAGCAGUUCUACCACCCCCCAACUGUGUGGAUUCCCAUUGCGAUGCUCCUGGGUGUGGGAAUGCUCUUUGCUGUCCUCACUCUGCAGUGGCAGCGCUUCUUCACCACCCUCUCCACUGCUGUCUUCGGUAGCGCCAUCAUGACUGUCACCAUCGACUACUUCAUUGAGCUCUUCCUCCUGGUGCAGUAUAUCUAUGAGCGCAUCAAGGUGGCCCCUGCUCGCCCUGUGUGCUGGUACAGCUGGGUCAUCCUGGGUGUCUGGCCACUCCUCACCACACUGGGUGUCUUGGUCCAGUGGAAGGUCACAGGCGAGGGCUACUCCCAUACAGAAGUGAUCAUCAGCCGGCAGCAGCGCCGCGUGCAGCUGAUGCGCAUCAAGCAGCGGGAGGACCGAAAGGAGAAGAAGAAGAGGCGGAGACCUCACCACCCACCGCCCCACCAGCACAAAGCCCACCCGCCUGAGCCUGCCUACCGCCGCAAGCCCAACCCCGUGCGCCGCUUCGAUGGGGACGUGCUCUCCCCUGUGAGUCCUGCACCCAGGAGCUACAUCCAGAGUUUCCGAGAGCGGCAGACGGGACCGUCCCUGAGCAGCCUCAUCACCAGCUCCCAUGCCGUGGUGGACCUGGACUAUGACUGUAGCUCCACCGUGCCACUCACCACAGGCUCUGGCCCUGCUGUGAGGGUAUAAGCCAAUCAAAUGACCUCGAGCAACACCAGCACCCCAGCCUGCUCCAGGAAAUCCCAUGUGACACAGGCAGGGCUGUGCCCUUGGCCCCAGGGCAGCCUCAUGUGGCUUGGGGCUGUGGAUGGAGACCUUUCCUGGGGAUGUGUGGGGCUCAGCUGGGCAAACCCUAGCUGCCCAUGUAGCCCAGGGGUGUCAGGGUGAGCUCUCCAUCAGGGACUCAGCCCAAGGACAAGGAACACCAGCACUCAUGAACAUGCAGUGUGAGUGACUCUGCUGGGGUGAGGGGUCCCUGAGCCCCUGCUAUUGUGUGUUUCUCCAAGGCCUGGGCACAUUCAUUCUGCAUCCCAGAAUUGCUCUCCCCAUCUUUGAGUCCCCUUCUGAGAGAGCAACUCCCUGCACCUGCCCUGCUCCUCAUCACAGCCCUCAGCAGCUCCCCAAGUGCCUGUGCCCCACGUUCCUUCCUCAAAAAGCAGGUCCUACAGCCCUUACCCCUCCAAGGACUCCUCUGAGCAUGUAUGCCCUGUCCCACCUUGGCCCCAAGAGCAGUGCCCAGGCAGUGCUUCCCAAAACCUGCUUCCUCAGAAGAUGCCCCACACUUACCCACCCUCCCGGCUCCCUGACGUGGUUUGCCUCUCCCACUUUUCCCGAGCUGGACUGGGGUAGUCCUGGGACAGAGGUGGCUCCUGGAGUGAUGCUGGCAAGUGGUGCCAGUCCAGUGUGAGCUGUGCUGGCAAUGUGCACCACAUGCAUCUCCCCUAGACUGUUUGGCUGGGAGACAAGGACGCUGGAUCCAGCCUUUGGGCAGAGGCUGGGCUGCCUCAGGGACAUGGGGGGACUCCUGCAGUGUCAGAGGCCAUCGCUGUUUUACUGGCGACUGGAUUUUAUAGUGGCUGGGGGUGCCCUGGGGUUGGGCCAGGCAGGGCAGGAGCCGCUGCCCAGAGCACCACUGCAGGCAGAUGCUCCCACCUUGUAGAUACUUCUCUUGCUGUGAUUUGUAUUAAUUUAUUAUGGAGUGAGCCAGGACUAACCCAUGGCCAGGCAGGCAGGAUGGUGGCAAGACUGGACCGGGGGGGGGGGUGCACCUCUGCUUUAGGAGCCCCCUCAGCCCAGUCUGGUCAGCCUCCCUGUCCCAGGAACUGCAUGUUUCUGCCAGGCCCUUCCCCCGCAGCGCCGCGCCGCCCGCCCUCUUUUCAGUCUCUUUUGUAAAUGUGCCAAAUGCUGCUGAGGCCACGGCCGCACAGUAAAGAGCCUUUCAGA